AUGACAAUUUUGUACACCCUCAAAGUGGCAGAGGCCCACUUCGGAGGCUUCUCCGGGUUGUUUCUCUGUUGGAGGGGGAGUAUCUACAAGCUCCUCUACAAGGAGUUCCUACUCUUCACCCUCCUGCAUGCUCUGCCCAGCAUCGCCUACCGGCUGCUGCUGACCCAGGAGCGGAGGUACAUGUAUGCUCAGGUGGCCCGUUAUUGCAACUGCUCUGCGGACCUCAUUCUCUUGUCCUUUGUCCUGGGUUUCUACGUGACCUUGGUGGUAAACCGCUGGUGGGCCCAGUACACAAACAUCCCGCUGCCGGACCAGCUGAUGUGCGUCGUCUCGGCCAGUGUGCAUGGCGUGGACCAGCGCGGCCACCUGCUGCGCCUCACCCUCGUCCGCUAAGCCAACCUGGCGUCUGCAGUCAGCACAUGCGUACUCAAGCGAUUCCCAACCAUGGAGCAACUGGUGGGUGCAGGUGCCUCACCGGCCUCCUGGGAGGGCAGUUUCAUGUCCCAGGAAGAGAGGAAAAAGUUUGAGAGCCUGAAAUCCGACUUCAACAAGUACUGGGUCCCCUGCGUCUGGUUCACCAACCUGGUGGCCCAGGCCCGGAGGGAUGAGUGAAUCCGUGAUGACAUAGAUCUCUGCCUCCUCCUGGAGUGACUGAACAAGUACCAGGCCAAUAGGUGCAGCAUACUGUUCCACUAUGACUGGAUCAGCAUCCCUCUUGUCUACACCCAAGUAACUGCCUCUCACCUCCCCAUGAUGACCAUAGCAGUGUACUCCUACUUUGCCCUCUCCUUGGUUGGCCACCAGUUUGUGGAACCAGAAGCAGGAGCUGCCAACCCUCAGGAGCCUCUGAAGCCAGGCCGGGAGCCAGGGCCAGCCCUGGGGGACAUGGACAUGUAUGUGCCUCUCACCAUUCUGCUGCAGUUCUUCUUCCAUGCUGGCUGGCUCAAGGUGGCCGAACAGAUCAUCAACCCAUUUGGUGAAGAUGAUGACUUUGAAACCAACCAGCUCAUUUGGCACAACUUGCAGAUAAGCAGGGGUCUGGAGCAGCUCGUGUCCCUGCUAUCUGUGGAUGACAUGUACCAGAAUCCGCCUCCUGCUGGACCCUACGCUGUGGCCACGGUGGCCGAGUCGCUGACUUUUUUCCUGGGAUCCACUUUCAACCUGCGCGUGAGCGACCACCCGGAGCAGAUCCUACAGGGGGUUGCGUCCCCUGGGUCGUAUCAGCGGGUACCCGCCGCGCAGACCACGCUGCUCAGCAGGUUCCUGGGCGCAGGAGAGCCCUUCCCCGCCGUUAGCCUCGAGAACUGUGGCCGCGCAUGAGGAGACCUCCGGACCCCUCAUCUGCUGCGCUUCCGGGUUGAGGAAGGUGGUGACCCGGAGGCCGGGGACUGCAUCGAGGAGACGACGGGGUCAGGGGACCAGGCCCGGGAGCCUUGA